UUUGUCGGUUAUUAAUUAUCUGUUAUUUUCAGUGUGUCUGAGAGCACUGUCGUCCCAACCACCGGAAGUCUGCAUGAAAGCUGCGUCUCCCACAGAGGCAACGGCGUCGACGUUUUUUUUUUCUGUCUUCGUUUUUUUUUUAUUCGAGACUUUUUUUUUUCUCUUUUUUUUAUUUUCACUCAGCGAGAUGAGCAGGGAGUGAGGAAUGGAGGCGUAGGCAGCGAGGAUGUUUGUGUUUACCCAGCGACGAGCUAGUUCAGCACAUGAAAACACGGGCCUCCUUGUAGCUAGAGCAAGCCAGCGAACAAAAGGAGAAAAUUAAUGGAGAAAACAUGUUGCCUAUGUGUCAGUGGGAGAUGAUGAGGAAGCAGAAGAUGAGAGAAAUAAUGGACGAUUCCCAUUUCAACUCAUCAUACUUUUGGUCUCCCGUCCCCACUGUACAAGGACAGAUCGAGAACGCCAUGUUCCUGAACAAGACCAAGGAGCAGCUAGGUCAAGAGAAGGCCGGUGCGCCCUCCUUCCCCCACUCUUCUGCGUCUUCCACCGCCUCCCCGCACUACCCCACGGCUGUACUCGCCAUCCCCGGCUCAGUGGACGCAGGGGGUGGGCUACGGGUGAUCCCCAAGCAGGAAGGAGGUGGGGUUACUAUGGGAGGAGGUGGUGUUGGCAACAGUGGCGGUGGACCUUUGAGCGUGGUCGGCGGACACCUGCACCAGUCUCACACAUCCCAGAACAUCACCGUUGUGCCUGUUCCCUCUACGGGUAUCAUGACUGCGGCGGGGUUAGUGAUCACCACCCCUCAAGGCACACUGGUCCCCACUGCCUCCACGCAGUCAUUUGUAACUGGACCCCACACUGCCACCACCAUGAUAGUGUCUGCACUGCACCCCUCAAAUACAGACAAGAAGGACGACAUCACUAUCCCUCCUGCAGUUGUCAUGCCGACGCCAUCUAAGCGAGGCAGGAAGAGCAAACAGGGGAUGGGAAGAUUAGCUGGAGUGGGUGGGGUCCUUCCUCCAGGUAGCGAUGCAUUAAUUUUGGCGCACCUCGCAGCUGGAGGACAGCACCCCACUGCUGACCCAUAUGACCUGUCAAAUGAUGAGGAUGAUCAUACCAACAAAGAUGGCCCCAAAUCCUACAGGUGUCGGAUGUGUGCAGUGACGUUCUUCAGCAAGUCAGACAUGCAGAUCCACGCCAAGUCCCACACUGAGGCCAAGCCCCACAAGUGCCCCCACUGCUCCAAGUCGUUUGCCAACUCCAGCUACCUGUCCCAGCACAUCCGCAUCCACAGCGGGGCCAAGCCCUACACCUGCACCUACUGCCAGAAAACGUUCAGGCAGCUCAGUCACCUACAGCAGCACACACGAAACCACACUGAGGCCAAGCCCCACAAGUGUCCCCACUGCUCCAAGUCGUUUGCCAACUCCAGCUACCUGUCCCAGCACAUCCGCAUCCACACCGGGGCCAAGCCCUACACCUGCUCCUACUGCCAGAAAACAUUCAGGCAGCUCAGUCACCUACAGCAGCACACACGGAUUCACACCGGUGACCGACCGUACAAGUGUAACCAUCCUGGCUGUGACAAAUCUUUCACUCAGUUGUCAAACUUACAGUCUCACCGUCGGCAACACAACAAAGAUAAGCCGUACAAGUGCCACAACUGUAACCGUGGUUACACAGAUGCUGCCAGCCUGGAGGUGCACUUGUCCACACACACCGUCAAACAUGCCAAGCUGUUCUCCUGUGGCCUCUGUAACAGAUCAUAUACCUCGGAGACGUAUCUAAUGAAACACAUGAGGAAGCACAACCCCGACCCACUAACAGUGGCAGCAACAGUAGCUGCCCAGCAGGCCCAGGGCCUUACGCCCGGCGGAUCAGGCAGAGGCCGAGGACGUGGCCGAGGGAGAGGAGGGGGCAGAGGGGGUCACCUCCAAGCCCAAACCAACCCUAACAACCAGAACCCCGGACCCCCCGGCAGCUACCAGUCGCACCAACAGCCCACAGAAGCUGUGGUUCAAUGCCCAUUUGACCUGCACCAGUACAAGACAGUGUCAGCCAAUGAGAUCCAGUACAAACCAGUCACUGUGGCAGAUGUGCCAGUGACCCACAAAGACCUCUGCCUCACCGUCUCCACAUCAGCCAUACAGGUGGAGCAUAUGAACUCAUAAGCUGCGUCUUCCCACUCUGUUUGAGAGAAUUACUAAUUGUGUCUGCAGUGUAAAAAGGUCCAUGUGAACAAGUAAUUCAACUGUAUUCUGCGUUCUACUCUUCAUAAGCAAGAAAAAUGGCUGUGGUGGGAGGUUUUACUAUCUUUUAUAGCCACAUGCAAAUGAUUACAUGCUUUACUGACACCUGGCUGAAUUUGGAAAUGUGGCUGGACACAAGUGCAGGUGUUUUCAAGAGACCCUCAGACAAAGCUUGGUGGAAGGCACCGAACACCUCCCCUCACUUAGCCUUUGAUUUGAUCCCACAGACACUCAGUAAUUGAGCCAAGACAGCCUGAUAUUAGCGUAUAAUAGAACUUCAGACUGCACCAAAUGGAACUUUCUGUAGAAAAAUGUUCUGCCCCAAGGCUUUUAUUAGUUUCUGACUGUGGGAAAGUGGGAAAUUGAUAUCUAAGGCAAUAAAUGAUGUGAUAAGUUCUCACUUCCACUCACUGAGCCUCCCCUGAAACUGAACAGCCUUCCUUGGAAUGCUGCCUUCCACUUUGAAACCUCUGCACUUGUGGAAUCAGUUUAGACCCACUUUCCUUUUGCAUUGAGUGAAAUUAUUUUGAAAGGGGUUGAUUGAGUCGUUUUCAAAGAUAACAGUAAAAUUGAAUCCACACAAUGCCAGUUUUUCCUUUGAUUUAAUGAAGCUUUAAUGCUGAGUACAACAGUGAAUUACUUGUUACAACACAGAUAUUUUACAAUGUGCUUCUCGAUUCCUGAGCCCACUUGUGCGAAUUAUCUCUCAGUAGAAAUGCUGGUUUAAGACUGAUAUUCGUAGUUUAUUCUUUAGCCAGAAACCACAGGACUACUGAAAACUAAUCUGAGAUCAGUUUUGGCUUUUAUGUCAGUAUAAUUGAGGAUACGAUAAAAUCUAGACCUUCUCAAAAGCAUCUUUAGUCCUAUUUAGACUUAGAAUAGUUAAUAUACUGAUCCUAAACCAGCAGUCCUUCUCUGAGAAUCUUGAUAAAAGAGGCUCAUUGGUGUUCCUUCUCUUUUGUUUUUGUUGUAUUGCAUUAUUUGCAAUAGGCAUCAGAGGAGGAUGAAGGUGUAAAAUAUCUGUAAAGUAACAUUUACACUAUUCUCUGCACAUCUAUGGUCCAGAGAAUGAUGUAAUGUUUGAACACAUUCAGAUCACAUUAAUCUGAACAUUGUCCAUUAUUUAGUUUAAACCAAAACAAGUGAGAAACAAGGAAUCAGUGAUAAAAGACUGGAGAUUUAUUAUUGCAGCUGAGAUGGAAGAGCAGUGGUACUGACCUGAAAAAUGAGGAAGGCCUAGGCUAAUACAUUUAAAUUGCUUUUGAACAACACUGCUGAGGUACCGCAGACAGAAGAGUUUGGAUCACAAAGACUGAAUUGAAAAGACCACAAAAGAAGAGGGGCAGCAGAAAGAAAAAAAUGGGGUGUAGUCCAGGAUUAGGCUAAAGCCUGGUGCUGAAUCUCAACGUGUGCAUUUCCCAAACCAUGAUGUCCUAAUUUUCACUCAACCUUACAUCAGUUUCUUUUUCAGAACCCAAAGUAUUGAACAAAAGAGACGGACCUGUGCACUAAACAUGAGGAAUCUGCAGCGGAGCGAGAUGGAAACAUGAGAGCAGAAAGGGUUUGGGGGUGGGAGGGGUCAUAAAGAAAGCACUUGAUGAAGCUUGUACUUCAUGCCUAUGUUUGUCAUCAUUGUACUUUUUUUUUUUAAUAUAUCAUGUAUGUAUUUUUCUACCAACAGAGGAACGUGUGAACAAACUCAGAGAGAAAGCAAAGUGAUUGCAUGAAUGCGAAGGGAACAGAGAGAAAAAUCCUUCAAGAGUGAUUUUUUUCCCCAUUUUUUGUAACUAUUCAGAUUAAGGCAGUUUGCUUUCCUCCACUGAGUUAAGACAGCCCAACUCCACAUUGUCAGGGCAAUUGUUGGGGAAAUGACUGUGUGAUAAAAAUGGCUGACAGGUACUGUUAUCAAUCUUUUUUUAAAGAACUUUUCAUACAUAUUAUUACUUCUUUCAUUAUAACUGUAUUGCAAAUGUUAUCCACAUUGUUAUCAAUCCGAGGCAUUAUUGUAUUGCAGUAUGCUGUACAUAAAAUAGAUAGAAAAUACUUUUUUCAACUGUAAAAGGGAAGAAUGUCCUGUAUAAAGCAUAUAUGGAAACUAAAGGAAACUCAAAUUAACAAGUACCAAAUCAUUGGCUGUAUCCCAGGUCACCUUUAGUUCUGAUGGACCAGAGCAUCCAUCCCCAGCAAAGUCUGCAAAAUAAUGAUAGACUCCAGGUCUGAGCAUUUUGGGGAUUGCCCAAAAAAUUGGUUAAACUAUAGUAAAAUAAUUUUCUCUUUCUGUAACGUAUGACUACACAACAUGCGUUGUAGUUUCACCCACCAUCGCCCUUUGCACUUGUUGAUAUUAAGUCUAAUUGUGAUGUAAUCUGAAAUGGUUUGGCCAAGUUACCUGAAACUUUACUUUGAAAGCAAGACAUUUGUGGCCCACUACAACCAGAAAAUCAACUCUCAAUAUUGAUCACUCCUGAGACGUUCUUUAUGAACAUUUUCUCUAUAUCUCAACAGUUGAAUUAAAUUAAAUGGGGCUGUGGUGUAGGUGACCGGGGACACUGCUGCCAUGUUUUUGUGCACAAGCUACCCAAUCAAAAUGUUCAAGCAGCCUGUGCAACAGGUUGAUUGUCUUCAUGUAUACUCCUCCUUGUAUUUCAUUGUGUCCUUUAUGAAAAAUAACACAUUCUCAAUAUUCUUGUUAAUAUUAUUACUGAUGCUCCUGAUAAUAAUACAGUUAUUAAUGACCCUCUUAUGCUACACUCUUGCAUAUUGUAUGCACAGUUACACCUCUUGCUCAUCUGAACAGACUGUUUCUUCCCUUACGGAGAAUAAAGUUCGAAAACAGUUUAUGAUGAAAAAGCAUAAUCGUCUGAUUUCUUUAUUAAAAUCCAGACUGCGUGGUACCGGCAA